AGGGCCACAACCGGAAUGAGAGCACAGCAAGCACAGUCCCAAGCAUAUCCGAGUUCUCGCAUCAGCAGCUCACGGCACCAAAAGCUGAUGACGACGUCAAAGACGACGAUGGAGGAUGGCAGACGAUGCCUGCAUAUGCACCUUACGACAUAUACGAUGACGACAAUAAGCUGAUAGCCAAGGAGCAUAACCCGGAAGUAGACGAGUCAUACGAGUACGGCGGCCUCGGAGGCGCUGGAAAGGGAUACACCAAAGUCAUCGCUGACGACGAUGCCGAAUCUGAGACGAGCAUGGACGACAACACGCGCUACCUAUUCAACAAUGCAAAGAGCACCAGUCUGACUGAGCUCGAAGAGGAACAGCGAGACACGGUGUCGCAACUACAGGCCACCAAGGAUCUACUUACCGAAGGCCAGAGAAUCGCCUAUGUCGGCGUCACUCGUCUUGAGAUGUUCAACAUGGUGAAAGAGGUCGAGAAGGUGGAACAAAUGAAGAAGGGCAAGAAGGAGAUCAAGGUUGCGGCAGACUCGAUGAGAAUGUGGGCACAGAAGAUCAUGAUCCGGCUCUAUGCCCAUAUGGACAUUAGCCCUGCAGAACAAGUGAUGAUCGAGCAGCUCGUAGAGCAUGGCGUCCAGCCCAAAGAUCUGACGCCUGUCUUGAUGCAGAAUGCCCGCGUCAAGAACCCGAAGCCUGCCGAGGAGGGCGAGUCAGAAACAGGAUCACAACAGAGGUCAUCUGUGGCGACCGGCACCAGCACAACUCGGUCUUCAUCACCUGAGCAGGAUCCGGAGCACGAGCCUGCGACACCAGUACCGCCCCCAUACGAGUCGCAUACUGGCGAGGAGCUCCCCGAAAGCAGGACUCCAUCGCAACUACCAGACACUGCCAAGAUCGAUAUUGAUCUCCGGUGGACGGUCGUCUGUGAUCUGUUCUUGGUGCUCGUCGCCGAUUCUGUCUACGACGCGCGGUCGCGGUAUCUGCUUGAGCGGGUCGGAGCCGACUUGGAGGUGUCAUGGGUAGAUAUAUGCCGAUUCGAGAAGAGGGUCACGGAAGCCUUGGAGAUGCAACAGCAAGCCGAGAAGGAGAACUGGAACGAGGAAGAACACGUCGAGUCUCGCAGAAAGAUGGGGCUCAAGCGAAGAUAUGCCAUGAUGGGCAUCGCCACCGUCGGUGGUGGCUUGGUCAUUGGCCUGUCAGCGGGCCUGAUGGCACCUGUGAUUGGAGCUGGUCUGGCUGCUGGCUUCACAGCCAUCGGAGUAUCUGGCACAGGCUCGUUCCUGGCUGGAGUGGGUGGUAUGGCCGUAAUCACGUCCGGAUCCGCGGCAGCCGGAAGCUUCAUGGGAGGCAAAGCGGCGAAUCGUCGCUUGGGUUCGGUCAAGACCUUUGAGUACCGACCCUUGCAUAACAAUAAGCGGGUCAACCUGAUUGUGACGGUUUCGGGAUGGAUGACGAACAAACACGAUGAUAUCCGUCUGCCAUUUAGCACAGUUGACCCAGCCAUGGGUGAUCUCUACUCGGUGCUUUGGGAGCCAGAAAUGCUGCAGAGUGUUGGUGAUACCAUCAACAUUCUAGCGACAGAGGCGGUCACCUCCACCCUUCAACAAAUUCUUGGUGCAGUUGGUCUUGCCGCUCUAAUGAGCGGCCUUCAGCUGCCUAUCGUCAUGGCCAAGAUCACAUAUCUGAUUGACAACCCUUGGGCCGUCUCACUGGAUCGCGCGUGGUCAGCUGGUCAGAUUCUGGCCGACUCCCUCAUCGACCGGAACCUGGGCACACGCCCCGUCACUCUGGUCGGUUACUCUUUGGGUGCUCGUGUUAUCUUCUCCUGUCUUCUUGAGCUGGAGAAGAAAGGUGCCUAUGGCCUUGUCCAGAACGUGUACAUGUUUGGCUCCCCCGUGGUCGUCAAGUCCGAAGAAUAUUACAAGGUCCGCUCCGUGUGCAGCGGCAAAUUCAUCAAUGGCUACAACCGGACCGAUUGGAUUCUCGGCUAUCUAUUCCGGCUAACGAACGGCGGCAUUCGCCGCGUCGCUGGGCUGGCUGCCAUCCAGGGUAUACCCGGCAUCGAGAACCUCGACUGCACGGAGUUUGUCCCUGGCCACAUGGCAUAUCGUACGUCGAUGCCAAGAUUACUGCGGGAGUGCGAGUGGCUUAUCGAAAGCGAUGAGUUCGACGAGAUUGAGGAUCCGGAUCCAGACGGACACCGCGAGCGCCAGAGAGAGAUCAUCAACGAGAUCGAGGAGGCCCGCAAGGAGAUGGAGAAGAAGAACAACAGCACGAAGAAGAGUGGUUGGGGCAUAUUUGGGCGAAAGAAGACGAAACGAGAGAGCUGGGAGGUGUAUGAAGAUGGCAAAGGCGGGGACGAUGCCGGGGGUUCCAGCAGCAGGCAUGGUGGCAAAGACAGCGGCAAUAAUCACGGUGUGCUUUUCGACUCGGAGACAGCCACCGAAGAGAUGGCGCGGGGCAGGGACAAAUCAACUGCCGACUACAAUGACGGCGAGCUGCAGAUCAAGGAGCUCAAGAGCACGCUUCCGCCGAUGAAGCUCGACGUUGAUGCAACAAGUCCUAAGCCGCCACCAUUGAGGGAGACGAAGAGCUCUGAUGCUACAACCACUAUGGGUGGAAGUAAUGGGUAUGCACGGUGGGGGUACGACGACCGAGGGCAUCCGGCAGACGACGAGGUGCAAAUGUCGUUCGACACGGACUACCGUGUGCCAGACAAUAAGAGCACCAGUGUCGGCAACACGAACAGCCAGCCAUGGGGGACGGAAAGGUCAGCAGGCCCGGACACCGCCAUGGAGAAGAGACCCGACUACAAGACGACUAAGACAGCACCGGCAAGCCUGCCAGUCGCAGAUCCAUGGGCGGAUGACGACGACCCAGACUUCGGAAAGGAGAAGGAGAUUGAAAUGACCUUUGCAUGAGCUGGCGUACCUGGGAGUGCGGCCUGACGAUGACAUGUGUGGAGUUUGGCUAAGGCGCGUGUGUGCAGUGUGGUUGGCUUCCGUUGGUUUGCUCGACUUAUUACAUCUUGGGGUGGCGUUUUCCUGUUAUACAACAUACAAAUUACACAAUUACACAUUACACAUUAAUCAUUACCACGAGAUGCAGCGCAGGCAUUCAUGUACGCAUAUUCACACAGUUGUGUGUUCUGAAGAACAUUUUAAGAGUCGCGUCUCGGGACUUCAUGCGCGCGAAUUCGCGACAUCGGAUUUCAAGCAAGUUUCAUUGGGGAUCAACGCCCUAAGGCAGUAAGUAAAGUGUAAGUAACUAUCGUAUCACGAAGCGAUU